GCACCACGCGUGCCCGCGGCUUCCGGCGCGGCCGCCCGGGCGAUGGGGAAAGUGAGAGCGCUGCGGAGUCGGGUGCACCGCGCGGCCGUGAGGCCCGCGGGGGAGGCGCCGGGCGGGCCUGCGCCCCCGGGGGACCCCGCCGGCCUCGCGCGCGCUGAGGACCCGGUGGGCGCCGGCGUCUUCUCGGGCACGCGGAUCGAGCCCGGCGCCCUGGUGCAGACGCUGGAGCCGGACACGCGCAGCGUGGCCUCCGCCAGGCCAGGUGUGGACCUCAAGGUCAUCCUGCCCAAGAAGGAGAAGAUGCGGUUGAGACGGGAGCGGUGGUUGCAGAAGAUUGAGACCAUCAAGCAGACGGCUCGAGAGCAGCAGGCAGCACGUAGGCGCCGGGCCACGGUGGUGGUGGGGGACCUGCAGCCCCUGCGGGACGCGCUCCCCGACCUGCUGCAACUGGAGGCGGUCGCCAGGACGCCCCGCAGCCGCAGCCGACCGAGCAGCAAGCCACAGGCUACUGAGCUGAGCCGCAUGAGCACCACUCAGAGGCAGCAGCUGCUCGAGGAGGAAAGGAUGCGCUUCCGAGAGCUGCUGGCGAGUCCCUCCUACAGGGCCUGCCCCCUGCUGGCCAUCCGGGAGCAGCUGCACAGCCAGGCACUCUGACACCCUGUGACGCCACUGCAAACCCGCCACCGCCGUGACGGCACGGGGGCCAGGGCCCAGAGAGCCCAUGACCGCUGGCUGGCAUCUCCCUGACUCCUGAGGACCGGCUGGCAUGUGUGUGGAGCCGAGCGUGUGAACUGAGACUGGGGGCACCUGCAGGACAGGGUGCCCGGGGCUUCCCUCUUUGCCUCGGCAGCCGCAGCACAGAGCACCUCUAAUAAAGGACACUCAGCCUUCCUAACUGGGCCCCACUGCCCACCCAAAUAGGAACCCCUGGCCACAGCCCAUGGGGUCCCAGUGCUGGGUGUCUACUGAUGAAAUGCUGCAGUUUUCCAGGCUC